AUGAACGACCUCCGAAAUAGCCUUUGCACCUACCCAGACUGGGGAUAUGUCAUCUAUCGCACUUCCUACUCUGCUGAAUCAGAUACUCUAUUCCCAGACGCUAUCAGAUACAUUGAGGCCUGUAUUAAACAAGCAUUCUUCCAAGAAAACAAAGAAGAUCCUACAAAUGAGCCGAACGAAAUUUGGGCCAAACACCGGUCGACUAUCGUGCAAGACCCCGCGCAAUUUAACGGGGCGUCUCUCGAGGCGAUUCGCGCUCAUUUUGAGGCCUGGGUGAACGCUCAAGACAUGCGUGACGAUUGGACCAAAUGGCGAAUAUGCAUGAUUAUCGAUGAAGAGUCUCUGCAAACGCUAAAAGGUACAUCAGUCGCGGCCCUUGAAAAUGAAAGGCUAGAGAAUUCCGAUGAUAAGCUACGAUGUGUAAAGGUUCUGGAAGCAUUCCCGUAUACGGAUCAGUAUGACAGAUUCCCGGGCUGGAUGAAAUGCUGGACAUAUGCGCUCUGGGAUCUCUGGGCGAUGAUGGGAGAUGGUGAUGAGAUGAGGCAGUUGUUUGACUGUAUUGAUGAUUUUCCAUUUGAGGGGGUGUACUGCGGAGGAUUUAGUGAUAUCUUGGAUACAUGUUUCGAUUGCAGAGUCAAUGUUAUAUCCCUCUACGCCUUCAGCCUUGAAAACUUCAACAGACCUAAAGAGCAGGUCGAUGUUCUUAUGAAGUUGUUAGAAGGGACAUUUAGAGAAAUGGGCGAGAAUGACUCAUCAAUGAAGAAACACAAUCUUAGAAUCCGGGUAUUUGGUCGUUUGGAAUUGCUAGAAGACCACGUUUUAAGGGCUAUUUCCAAGACUAUGAAUGCUACCGAAGAUAACUGGGGCAAGAUUGUGAAUAUUUGGAAACCG